UUCUUUUCAGUGUGAUAGCCACAUUAACUGUAAAGUGUAACAAAGUCACAAUGCCAAUGGAUAUAUACAUAUUCCCUACUCUUGUUGAAAAUCUAUUGUGAAUCUAACACAAUUUCAAUGUUGAUACUUUAUUACAUUUUGUAUUCUAUACCUACUGAUACCAAAAUGGAUAUCACAAUACUGUCACAAAAUGUGAGUAAUAACUGCAGAAUAGCAUAUUGUAACAGCAGAACAUUCGUGUCCCAGUGGAUAUAGCGUUAAUUGGCGUUAAUCCAUCAAGUACUACCUAAAAGGAAUCUAACUCUGUGUAAACACUAAUCCUCCCCAACGGCACCAUUCCGGCGUCUAUAGCAUUCAGUCGUUUAUAAGUACCAGCCCGCCGUAGAUAUACAAGCCCCAGAACACAAAGGCCUCGCAGAUUUCACCACAUUUACCACUUUAUUAGGGGUGCAAGAUAUGCAAGAUAUGCAAGAUACAUGCAAAACUGGAGUCAGAAAAGUAAACCUAUUACUUCACGAAGUGGUUUGAUCUUCCACCAAGCACCACCGCCCACUUCAAGAUAUAUCUUCGAUCAGCUCUAUAACAGACUACUGGACUGUGGAUGUGUCAGACUAUAUAAUACUAUGGCAAUGUGGGCUCGAGCAGUGUGGCUGGAGGACAAUGAAGAGCAGGAGGGUGUUAUACCACAGAAGUGGAUACAGAAUCAAAUGGUCCAUUGGCCACCUGGUGUUAAUGCUGCCCCCGCUAUGGCUGAAAUGAGAGAUCCAACACCAUCUUGGAGAAAGUUCACACUUGUGAAAGUAAAAAUUGCUUCUGAUGACAAAACUGUCUGUGAGGAAUGCAAUACUACCACGACAUCUGAAUUGAGUGAUGAAGAAGAGAAUGUGAAACGACGCAAGAAGAAAAAAAUAUUUGAAGACUUCUACGUUGCAGAUGAGUGCAAUGACAUGAUGCAGGAAAAGGAAAAGAAAUGUGGUGCCUCUCUACCAAAACCCCCAGAGAAAUUUGUAAGAAAGCAGUUGAUACAACAAAAGAAAUCUCCCCAGAAGAGACAGACUCAGGUGUUUCCUACAAGGACUUCUCCUCGGAAGAGAGUGCUGGAUUCAUCCCAGAAAGGGAUACCACAUUCACAAGCCCUUCCUAGAUCCUCAUUGGAGCUGAGUUGUGUUUCACAGGGGGCUGGUCCAUCCUCACAAGGAACAUCACAUGGGAUGGGUACAGAUGACAUGUUGCCUAUGUCUGAUGGAAAAUUUCAGAAAAAAGUAUUGUUCAUUCUGUCUAGUAUAAGGGAUGGCAUAAAGCAAAUCCAACAUAAGAUUAACCAGAGCAACAAUGACAGUGAGGUGGAGUUUGAAAUCAAGAGAAUGAACUCAAUAGCUGAAGUCCAAGAAAAUGAGAAACUUCUUCAGGACCCAGAAAGUCUCAAGCAUGCAAUUUCCCGGCUAAGUAGGAUCGGAGGAAUCAGCAUGAAAGAUGCAGUUGCCCAAGCAAUGCAAAGGUAAAUAUGUGGUAUAGUAGCAUUGCACCUCAAUGUAUGUUAUUAUAAUAUUCAGUUUUGCAACCUACAUAGGAUAUUAGAGGCAUCAGCAUGAAAGUUACAGGCAAUGCACAGAUAUAUAUACUCGCUAGUGUAUUUUGUAUUAAAGCUGAUAUUGCGGCUAGAUGUAUUUUGUAUUAUUAAUGUGCAGGUCACAUGAAAUGCUAAGCAUGAAAGUUUUCAUAAUGCUAUCCUGUGUACAUAAUUUAUUUUUUGUACAGUAGAAGCUUGAUUUUCAAAACUUGGUGGGAUGUAGGAGUGUUAAUUUUCUUUGAUGGAAAUUUUUUUUUAGAUAGAAGGUUAACUCCCAAGAAUGUUUAAAUGGGAAGUGUAUAGAUAA